AAACUAAUGACAUUUUUCUAAAAGGCGUAAUUUGUAAUUUAAAUGGCCAGAGCCUUGAAAACGGAUGGAAAUUCUAGGCCCGAAGAGACAUAUCCUAAAGGUACCUUGGAAAUGAAUGAGGACGAUAUUAAACAAUUCUAUUUCAUAAACAAUAUCUGCAACUUGAGAGAUAAAUCACCUGAAAAUGUAACAAAAUUGAUCAAGUACAGAUUUUUAAAGAAGCAAAUAUACACUUGGUCUGGACAAACAUUGAUUGCCGUCCAACCUUACACCUCAAACUCGGAAAAACAGGAAGACAAGGAGAACGAUCCAAGCGUAGGUGCGGUUGUUUCCAGGGCCCUGUUCAAAUUGUCCAAUAAACUGGGCAAAAUCAACCAAAUAAUCGUGAUAUCCGGCGACAGUGGUUCUGGAAAAACGUAUUCUGGCUAUCAGGCAUUGAAAUAUCUGGCCUACCAGCAUUCCUACUACGAAGGCGAUGAUUUGAACGAUAUUUUGCGGAAAACUUGUUCGGCUGUUACGGUCCUGGCAGCUUUCGGUAAUGCCUCAACAAUUCACAACUGCAACAGCUCUAGGUUUGGGAAAUUGACUCAGAUGCAAUGUGUCAACGGAAAAUUCGUGGGAUCUUACAUUCAGACUUACCUGCUUGAAAAAUCCAGAGUUUCCGGCCCAAACAGAGGCGAAUCAAACUUCCACAUUUUCAAUCAGGUUUUGAACGAUUUGGACGAAAAUGUACUGGAGAAAGUGUACCUCAGUAAAACUACAGAGUAUGCCAUAUGUCCAAGAAUGACCUACCAACGAAGUAACUCUUUUUCUGACGUCGUGGAAAUGAUGAAUUUCCUCAAUAUCAAGGAGGUCAAUGACGUAUUGCAGAUAUUAUCACUCAUACUCAAUCUAGGCAAUAUUAUCUUCACUUGUAAUGAUGAAACUCUGGUUAUACUUCAAGAAUGUAAGCAGUAUUUGAAUUUUUGCGCUUGGAUUUUCCAAUGCAGCACUUCAACUUUAGCGCAACUUUUCACCAAAAGAUUGAUAGCGCCAAAACUUAGGAGAGGUACGUUAUGCUUCACUUCUUGCGCUAACAUUGAGGAGUGCAACGAGAGGAAAAACAGCCUAAUGCGAUUUUUAUACGAGAAACUUUUCAACUGGCUGGUGGGAAAAAUAAACGAACAAACUUAUUAUAGAAAAAAACACGAUUGUUUGGGAAUUUUAGACAUUUAUGGUUUUGAAAUUUUCACCCACAACACUUUCGAACAGUUGUGUAUUAAUUAUGCGAAUGAAAGGUUACAGCAAUUCUAUAUGAACGAUUACUUCAACAAACAAGUUAAUUAUAUGUACGAAAAGUGUGAGAAGAUCGUCAAGUACGAUAUGUCGAAGUACAACAAGAGGAUAAGCCUUCUAGAUGGAACUAUAUCCGUUUUUGGUAUUCUGAAUGAGGAAUGCCUGGUUAAAAGGUAUAACACUGACAGAUUCAUAGCCACCAGGCUGUCGAACUGUCUGAGAAAAAAUGAUUUUUUCAUCGAUAGAAAGGAUUACAGAAGUACUAAAUUUUCCAUAAGACACUACGCUGGAGUUGUUGAAUACGACAGUAGAUCCAUGGUCGGCAAAAAUAGGGAUAAACUGCCGGAAGAGAUGAUUUUGUUCUUGAAAGAAACCAAAUUGACCCUUCUGUCGGAAAUAUUGAACUUGGAGAAUGAGGAUUCGCAAGUAUCCCACAGCAAAACACUAUUGGCGAAGUUCAAGAAAUCUCUGGACAAUUUAAUGGUUUCCUUAAAUGAAGCAGACACGCAUUACAUCAAAUGCUUAAAACCCAACCAGAACCAGCUUCCGAAUCGUUUCGAUGACUCAUUCUUCAUGGAAGAAUUAAAAUACAACGGAAUCAUCGAUACCUUGGAUUUAGAGUUUCAAAAUUUCUCCACAGUGCUUUCGAAAACGGAUUUCUCGAAGAAUUUCGACUUGAUGAUUCUGCAGGAACUGCGUGGAUUACUGGAAGGAAAGGUGUAUGUUGGAAGGGACAAAAUUUAUUUCAACGAUGACUCAUUUUCCUUGAUUCUGAAGUAUAAAAUGAUCUUGAUGGCUUCCUCUGUCAGGAAAAUUCAGCGAUUGUGGAAGGCUAGAAGUAGAAAACGACACGUGGCAGCUAGUAGAAUUCAGCGGUGUUUCAGAAAAAAUCUAACGAAAAAUUCAUAUUUUUAUGAUGAGUCCAUCGAUUCCAUUUUAGACCAAGUGACUGUUAUAGAAAAUGCUGAUUUCAAAUCAGCAGAUCGGGAAGAUAAAAAUAAGGAUGCUAGGUCAUUAAAAAAUUCAAGACUGAUAUUCAAGGCAGAACGAUUAAUUUCAAGGAUAAAAAUAGCAGAGGUACUAAAUACUUGAUACCUGAAAUUCUAA